AUGGAAUCAGUCGAAGAAAUUCAAAACAUCCCGAAGAACAAGAGCGACGUAAAUGCUACCCCGAAAAAUUAUUCUAACGCUUCGUCAUUACGUUUAUUCAUCGAAAAACGCCAAGCCGUUAUAACGAGUUUAACCACCACAAACACGGUCCUUUCCUCCGCCAAACCCGGCAAGUUAGAGUGUUAUAUAUGCGAUGCCACUUUCAAAGUGGAUUCCGAUCUCGAUGAUUCCUGUUUUAUUAAUGCCAGUUCCGGAAAUUUGAUCACUUGCACGGAUAAAAGCAAAUUUUGUCAAAAUUUCCAUAAAAUAAAGGUUCAAAGGGUAGAACUAAAUAGGGUUAUAUCCAAGAUAUCUAGGUCUUGCACCGAUACAUGUAAAUUCGGUUGCGCGCUAAAUGGGUACGGGGUUACCUACAAGACCUGCACUUCCUGCUGCAAUAUUUCGGGUUGCAAUGUCGACAACGCGUCUACGCCAGGUUAUCGUGUCGGAAAACCUAAUUACUUAUCCCCUCGUCACAUCCUAGUUCUUAUAUUAGCUUUUGAUGUAUAUUUUUUGUGUGACAUUGUAAAUUUAUUAUGUCCCCUCCUAAAAUUAUUUGACUGCGGCGAAUCUCAUUGUAAAUAA